UUGUGCUUAACCCUUGCCAAGGCAGUUUAGUCCCAGCUUUAUCAAUCUUUGCCAUUGUUAAUCUUAUCGGUGACCAGCAGUGUUUAACGAAAUCUUUCCAACUCUGACAUUUAGUUCUGAUACAAAGCACAGUCUGGAAUAAACAGGCAAAAAGUAACCAUGAGCAUCAAGGCUGAACUGAGAAGUAAUGGAGUGGUGAACAUCGCGUACGUUCCUCACACGACAGAGGAUGCGGGCGACCUCCCAAAAUGGUAUGAUGAAGUCUUCUCCCAUCUCACGGACGACGCACAAUCCUCUCAGCAAGAACAGGUCAAGGACGACUCAUCACGACCCCCAAGGAAGGAAAGUCGAGAGGGACAGCAGGAGGGAGAUGUGCCUGAUGGUGGUUGGGGUUGGGUGGUGGCAGUGGGUGCUGCCCUCAUAAUGAUGCUGAUCAACGUCGUUGGUCCUUGUUUCAGCAUAAUUUUCGCACCCUUUCUCCUUGACAUCGGGACAUCAUCGACGACUAUAGGCUGGAUCUUCAACCUAUUUCAGUUCAUAUACAACUUCUCCGGGCCUUUGUUGGGUCCGUUGCUAGCAGAAUUCUCUUGGAGGUCGGUGGCGCUACCAAGCGGGCUGCUGGCCGCUGCCUCGCUCGCGCUGUCGGCCUUCGCUGGCUCUGCUGAGUUCCUGAUUUUCUCUUACUCCAUCGUGGGAGGAUUAAGCUGCGGCCUUUUGAAUAACCUGUGUUACCUAAUCGUCCCACACUAUUUCUGCAAGCGUCGAGGCAUAGCAAAUGCCAUCCUGGUGACAGGGGUGUCAUGUGGUCCGAUCUUUGGCCCGCUCCUUGUUAGGUAUCUCCAAGAAAGCUUAGGGUUCAAAGGGGCAACGCUAAUCACUGGUGCGGUCGUGUUCAAUGCCUGCGUCGGCGCUUCGGUCUUCCGCCCUAUACACAAAGACUCCGGUGACUCCAAAAAAAGCAAAAAGCUAUGCGGCUUGAUACUAAGAGUGAUCUGUAGCACCGUCACAAACGUGAGAGUUCUGAAAUCACCCCGAGCUGUCAUCAUUGCUGUCAGCGGAGCUCUUACUCUCAACAGCUGGCUGAAUUUUUUAACACUAGUGCCCUUUGCUGUCCAAGCGGCAGGUUAUUCUUUCCAAGAGGCAGCCUGGUGCGUGACGGCGUCCGCUGUGUGUAUUCUGAUUGCAAGUCUAGGAAUCUCUCUGCUAUCUGACUUUAAAUUUUUCAACAUGAGAAUUAGUUGCAUGGUCAGCACUGCCAUCAUCGCCGCCUCAAUACUAGCUUUCAGUUUCAUAGAUGAUAUCACAUUGCUGAUCGUUGUGAUGGGUGUGUGGGGCUUGGGCGUCGGAGGCUACAUGGGGACCUACAACCUGGUGAUCGUGAAGUACAUGGGCAUUGAGAAACUGAUUCCUACGUUCGGAGUUACGCUGAUGCUUGUAGGCCUUUGCUUCAUCACCAUUGGACCGUCGAUAGGCCUGAUUCGGGACAUGAGCCAGAGCUAUGCCGUUAGUAUGUACGUGCUCUCGGGAAUGGCCUUCGUGUGUUCAGUCCUGUGGAACUUCAUGCCAGCGGCCGUGCGGUACGAUCAGCGCAAGGAGAACGAGCGAAAUGGUGGGGAAUGAAAGCAGUACAUGUGAUGAGAGUGACUGAUACUGGAACUCCAUGCUCAGCGUCGCCACACAACUAUGAAUGCGUCGGGAUUUUGUUCCUGUACAUUUGACAAACAGUUUAUAUCAAAUGUAUCAAACCUCAUUCUCAUGAUUGUUUUUAUGAUCAUGAAGGUCGUAUUUAAAACAGAUGAUUAAGGUAUUAAUUAAUGUAUAUGAAUGAGGGUAAAUAAAAGAAAGAAAGAAAUGACACG